GUCAAGACAGUUGCAGACGUGGCGUAGCUAAACAAGCCUGGCUGUGCAGGGAGCGAAGAAGGGAGACGGAGGGAGACGAAUAAUGAAACUAAAGGGAGACGAAGAUUGAUACUAAAGUGGAAGAUGACAGGAAGAAACCAGCACCGUGGUUUCCAGCCUGCAACAACGGCACAGCCUGGAAAAAGCGGACACACGUACGUGUUUGGAAACAACACGAUCUCAGAAAACGAAUGCUCUGAAGAGGAUGGAGAAUGCUCUGAGCUGCGGUCGAGAGGAAGAGACAGGCCGAGGAGAAGUGCCUCUAGAGACAGACUGGAUGACAUUGUUUACCUGGUCAGGGACAUAAAAGAGGGGGACACUUUAAACGCCAUUUCUCUCCAGUACUUCUGCUCGGUAGCAGACAUAAAGAGAGCGAACAACCUCUUGACUGAGCAGGACUUCUUUGCACUGAGGACCAUUAAGAUCCCGGUGAAGAAGUUCAGCGUCCUGACGGAGACCCACGGCCCCGCAGCCCUAACGCCAGCCUCGCCUCAGGGUGCCCGCCGGCUCUCAGAGACGCUGCCGUCGUCUGAAGCGCCCGCACACUCCUCUUCCUCCUCCUCCUCCUCCAUAGACAGCGUGGGCAGCUUCCUGCAGGAGAAAGACAAGGACAUCGAGCAGCUGGUGAAGUCCACAGACCCCUCCAGGGGCAGCUUAAACGAGGUGGUGUCCUCGCUGCAUCCCCAGCGGCAGGCUGGGGACCACGAGCGGCGACCCGCGGGCCGGAAAGACCCUUAUUACGGGGCGGACUGGGGCAUGAGGUGGUGGACAGCGGUGGCCAUCAUGCUGGUGGUGGGCAUCGUCACUCCGGUGUUCUACCUGCUGUACUAUGAGGUGCUGAUGAAAGCUGACGUGAGCCACCACUCCACCUCGCACCCCUCACCCCUCACCCAGCUUGGUCACUAAGGCACAGUAGUGCGCUAGGACUUUUGACGGGGUGGGGUUCAGAGACUUUCCAGGAGCACCAGCAAACAAGACUUCAAGUGCAAUUGUGAUAGCCAUGUGCAGUCGCACAAACCUUUUGACCAUGGUUUUAGAGGGCAGAAAUGAAAGACAUUACAUAUUUUGUGCAAAAAUCAUGGGACAUUCCCUUGGCCUGUAAUUUUAUUUUAUUUCCCUGAUCUAAACUUAAUCGCCACAGUGGGAGGUGUACCUGUGUUUUAGAUUUUCUUUUUCUUAAUUUGAGGUCACUACAAUGUGAUCAGGAAGAUAUCUUUAUUCUGUAAUUUAUUCAUGUGAAAACUUCUACAUCUACUUAUACCUAUACUUACAGUAUUAGUAAUGAUGUUAAAUAGAGUACACUCCUGUCUACUCUGAAAGCCACAUUUUAAUUUAUUUGCAUUCCAUUGCUGCACUGAGCUCAGCUGGACAGUAACAGGGCUAGAUCCUUGUGGUUCAUGCACCAAUUUUUAUUCUCCAUUUAGUGGACUGUUAUGAAUGAGAAAUGCAUAAUUCACAAUGCUAUGUCAAGGUUGUGGCACAUUUCAUUUGAGUUAAAUGGAAAUUUAAUGUGAGUUAAAUGGAAAUUUAAUGUGAGUUAAAUGGCUCUUUCUCAUGACUGAAAUGUCCUGUGCACUUACUAUUGUACUGUAUGUGCCUUCUCCCUAUGGACACAGGUAACACGUUCAGUUAGGAACAAAAUAAAUAAAAUAUAUUUUGAAUGAACUGCGA